AUGAAUAAAUAUUAAAUUUUAUGGAUAUGCCUUCUAUUAAUAAUAUUAGCAUUCUUAGCCUUGAUACUUUUUAUAAUUUCACCUAAUAAAUGUUCCUCAUUUAUUAAAAAAAUAAAAUGUUAUUCUGGAAGUCUUCUAGAUAAACUAAUAUUUCCAGCAAGAUCUUGCAACAAAUACUAAUAUAUUAAUGAAAAGGAUAUAAAUUACUUUAAUGUAGUGAAAAAAAAUGAAAAAUUAGGUAUGAAUUAUUUCAAUAGUAGAACAAGAGAUUUAAAACUAAAAUUGCUCAAGUUUAGAAUGUAAAAGAACUGUUCCUUAUGCUUUUCUUUAAAAUGAGAAAUUUAAAAAUACAAAAAACUAUGUAAUUUAUUUUCAUGGAAAUGGAGAAACAAUGUAAAUGAUUGAUUAUAUUAAAAAAGUGAUGAAGCAUCAGAAUUUGUUAAAUUGCUUAUGAACUAAUUAAAAUUUCAUGCUUUUUUAAUAGAGUAUCCUUAAUAUGGUAUAUAUAAUCAUGAUGUGACGAAUGCCUAAAUAAUUUUAGAAGAUUCUAUUCAAGCAUAUAAUAGAAUAAAAGAAGAAUAUAAAUUAGAGGAUUCUUAAAUUUUAAUAUUUGGAAGGUAAAAUUUAUUUAAAAGAAAUAGAUCAAUAGGAACAGGACCAGCUAUAUAUGUUGCAUCUUAAGUUUAAUGUAAAGGCUUGAUUGUUAUAUCUGCUUACCGAUCUAUAAUAUAAUAAGUUAGAGGAAUGCUCUUUGGAAUAGGUUUUCUAGUCAGUAAAUUUAUGGAGGAAAGGUUUAAUAAUGAGGAAAGAAUAUCAAAUAUUCAAUGUCCUACAUUAUAUAUUCAUGGUCUUCUUGAUACUCUUAUUCCUCAUACUCAUUCAAUUUUUCUAAAUAAAAAGUAAAUUUUAAAUUUCAUUAAAGAUAGCAAAAUUCACAUCCAGAAUCUUAAGUGAAAUUAGAAACAUUUGCUGGAAUGAAUCAUAAUAACAUAUCUCAAUUCACAUAUGAAAUUUCAGAAAAAAUUGGAUUUUUUUUUGAAGAACUAAAUAAAAGUUCUCAUUGA